AUGGCGACGCGUGGCUCAUCGCUACGCGACAAACAAAUCGCCUCGCUGAAGAAGAUCCUGAAUCUAAACGACGAGGUGGAAGCCGGCGAGAAUGAGGAUGCCCAAGCCAACGGGCUGCCAAACUCGCAAAUCGUCUGGAAGGUGCUCGUCUUCGACGACCUCGGUCGGGAUGUCAUCAGUUCUGUCUUGCGGGUCAGCGACCUGCGAAGCCUGGGAGUGACAAUACACAUGCACAUCUCGUCAUCUCGCGCACCAAUCCCCGACGUACCCGCUGUCUAUCUCCUCGAGCCGAGCGCACAGAACCUGCAGAGCAUCACGAACGACCUCCAGAAGAGCCUUUACUCUCCCGCGUAUAUCAACUUCCUCUCCUCGAUCCCCCGACCACUACUCGAGGACUUCGCGACUAUGACAGCGACGGCUGGGACUUCAGAGCAGAUCGCAAACGUCUAUGACCAGUACCUGAAUUUCAUAGUUGCCGAGCCGGACCUGUUCUCGCUAGGCAUGGAGAAGGAUCAUGUCUACUGGGCACUGAACAGCGCAAAGACACAGGACGAAGAGCUGGACCAUGUGGUGGACAAGAUUGUCAGUGGACUCUUCUCUGUUGUGGUGACCAUGGGUGUCAUACCAAUCAUCAGAGCCAGCCGUGGUGCAGCUGCCGAGAUGAUAGCACAAAAGCUUGACAGGAAACUCCGCGAUCAUAUUCUGAAUUCGGGCGCAAAGGAUGGUCUGUUUUCGAAUCGACCGAACUCGUCAGCAGGCACACCUACCUCACGCCCCGUCCUUGUGCUGUUGGACAGAAAUGUCGACCUUACACCUAUGCUCUCCCACGGUUGGACCUAUCAACACCUAGUACAUGACGUCCUCAACAUGAAACUGAAUCGGAUAACCAUCGAAACGCCCGUUGACGAGUCGAACCCUGCCAAAGGUGUUACGCGAAAAGGCUACGAUCUGACUGCGAAUGACUUCUUUUGGUCCAGGAACGCGGGCCUAGCAUUCCAGGAAGUCGCAGAGGAUAUCGAUACCGAGUUGAAUCGGUACAAAGAAGAGUCAGCUGCGCUCACGAAGAAGACGGGAGUGACGGACCUGGAGGACCUUCAGAUGGACAAUAGCGCCAGUGCCCAACACCUCAAGGCUGCCCUGACAGUGCUCCCAGAGCUCAGGGAACGAAAAGUGACCCUCGAUAUGCACAUGAACAUCUUGGCGGCCAUUCUGAGCGCAAUCCAGAAGCGGUCUCUAAAUGAAUACUAUUCGAUAGAAUCGAAUGUCAUGAAACAGACGAAGGCACAAAUACUCGAACUCAUCAAAGAUGAGGAAAAGGGCGACACUCCGAUAGAUAAAUUGCGUCUCUUUGUCGUUUGGUUCCUCAGCACAGAGGCAGACAUCAGCAGAGCAGAAUGGCAGCAGUUUGAGGAAGCUCUUACGGCAGCUGGAGUAGAUGGGACAUGUCUGCCGUACAUAAGACAAGUGCGUGCGACAACCAAAAUGACACAACUUACUACGAUGGACUCCUCUGCGUCACAACAGCAACAAUCCGGUUCCGACCUCUUCAACCGCUUCUCCAACAUCUCAUCUCGCCUGACAGACCGCCUUAAGGAGUCCGGUGUGCCCACCGGCGCCCUGUCCGCCAACUUCGACUCCCUGAUCGGCGGCAUCAAAAACUUCCUCCCUGCCAAUCGCGACCUCACAAUUACCAAGAUCGUCGAAUCCAUCAUGGACCCUUCCGGCGCUUCCUCCUCCGCCAUCGCAAAGACGGAGAAUUACCUCUACUUCGAUCCCAGGAGCGACCGCGCACGGGGGACCAUGCCUCCGCCGUCGACACUACGGGCCGGAGGCGGGUCUGCACCGGGAUCCAUGCCUGGUGGUGUCGGUGGUCCAGGCAGUGGGCCUGGUGCCUCGUUCGGCCAACGGCGACAGGGGUUCUCGGACGCUGUGGUCUUCACGGUCGGUGGUGGCAGCAUGGAUGAGUUCGGUAACCUACAGGAGUGGGUGAAACGCACUGCGGGCAGUGGAGACCGGACGAAGAGGAGGAUUGUGUACGGCAGUACGGAGCUCGUCAAUGCAGGAGAUUUCAUUAAGGAAGAGCUCGAGAGGCUUGGGAGAGAAGUGCAAUAGAAGCUCGCUCCUUGAAGUUCUCGAGCAGGUGGCUUGUUGGAUCAAGCUUAGCUGGAGUGAGGUGAGAGGAGCAAUUCUCACCAGUUACCAGCAACGAUGUCAACGGGGGUGAGAAUAGAGAAAAUUCACCGGCAAUGCUUUCCUCCUAUUUGUCUGCAUCAAAUUGGCAACGUGUGCAUUGAGGAAACCGCGGAUAUGGUAUGGCAAUGGAAUUCUUUCUCUUUCAUAUCGCCAUCGAAGAAUUCUCCGCGGUGCAAAUAUACAUCCUAAGUGCUUACC